GACGCCAUUCACAUUGCCUUGGUAUAUCAAGAGGGAAGAUUUUAUAUUCGGGUGUUUUAACUCGUCUUCAAUCAAUCCGGUCGUUGAUUAUUCAAUCGAACUCGUCGUGCAAUACUCCACAUCAUCUCUAAAUCUCGCACGCCACGUCGUUGGGAACUCUGCGCCUUAAAUUCCGCACAAGCAUUCGCCAAGAUGGCCGACGAGGCCCAAAAGAUACCCGUGGCUGCCUCUGAGGCCCGCCGUCUCGUUGAAGAUAUCCUCAAAGGCAAUGGUGUCCCCGAAGAAAACUCAAAGAUUGUCGCCCGGUGCCUCGUCGCUGCCGAUCUUCGCGGCGUUGACACCCACGGCAUGAACCGCAUUCCUUCCUACAUGGAGCGCGUCCGCCAGGGUGUACUCAACGCCACUGCCCAACCCGAGUUGAAGCAGGUCACACCCGUUGUGGCGCACGUCGACGGCAAGAACGGCUUCGGCUUCGUUGCAGCGGAGAUGGGCAUGGCAGCCGCCAUCGAGUCUGCCAAGACUUUCGGCAUUGGCAUGGCAAGCGUGUCGCAUUCCAACCACUUUGGCAUGAGUGCGUGGGUGGUGCAGCAGGCCCUUGAUGCGGAUAUGAUGAGCCUGGUAUUCACCAACUCGAGUCCUGCGCUCCCGGCAUGGGGCGGGCAGAGCAAGCUUAUGGGUGUCUCACCGAUUGCUUGUGGUGCACCGGGGAAGGACAAGCCGUUUAUCCUGGACAUGGCACCGUCAGUUGCUGCCAGAGGAAAAAUCUACAAGGCCAAGAGACGCGGCGAAAAGAUUCCUUUGGACUGGGCGCUGGAUGCCGAGGGCCGUCCUACGGAUGAUCCCACGGCAGCAUUGGGAGGUGUCAUGCUGCCGAUGGGUGGUCCCAAGGGUUCGGCAUUAGCCAUCAUGAUGGAUGUUUUUUCUGGUGUCUUCUCUGGCUCUGCGUUCGCCGGUCACGUCACUAACCCGUACGACCCUUCAAGACCGGCGGACGUCGGUCACUUCCUAGUCGCCAUCAAGCCAGACCUCUUCAUGAGUCUCGACGACUUCCGCGAAAGGAUGGCCUAUCUCUACCAGCGUGUUGUUGGGUCAGACAAGGCGGCAGGAGUAGAUAGGAUAUACUUUCCGGGUGAGAUUGAACAGCUGCAACAACAGGAGAGAGAAGAGACAGGCAUACCCUUAGUACAGGCCGAGAUCGACGCUCUCAACGAGGAGGCAACAAGAGUAGGCGCUAAACCUUUGGUAACUCAGGUAGCUGCAUGAAAUACAUCGCUCUAACGAUUGCAUCUGCCGGGAAAGUGCGCGACAUCCCAUCACAUUGAGUCUUUAUCGAACGGGAUCUUGCAAAAUUAUGUUGCAUGGCUUCCAGUUCGAAUGGAGCUAGUAGGUAGGUUGAAGAAAUUUCUUUUCUGGCCUUGUUGGUGAUCUUGAGAGGUAGUUGACCAGGUUGGACUGCUGAGACCAGCAAGCUUCCUUAUUCUCAAGUCGUCACCGUC